AUGGGUAUUCUCUUUCUUGGGCUCCCCUUCGACUCUCAGACCAUCCUUGCGGCAGUGGCGUUUGCAACUAGUCUAGUCAUCACUGUGCUUCUCUUUUUGAGCCCGCUGUGGCUCACGCUCCAGACGAAGAAGCUGCAGGCUGUCAUGCUCGUCAACGUGGUGAGCGCCACCGUGCUCGACGUGCUCAUCACGAUCGCCCUAUAUGCCGUACUCCACCGCCAGCGCAGCGGCCUGAAGAGCACAGACAACUUGACCAAUGGCCUGAUGGGAUUCAUGAUCACUCGCGGAAUCGUCACGACGCGAGUGGUGCCGGUUUUGGCGCAAGCGGCGACAAUAUUCACUUACCUCGCCAUGCCAGGUACCUUUGUCUCGCUGAUCUUCCAUCUUUCAACGAGCAAAAGUAUGUCUGUUCAAUCAUUCAGCACGUUCCUCGACUCUGACGUCCCCUCGCUGACUGCUGAUGAUAUCCCCGCGACCAAGUCUACGCGAACGCUGUUCUUACCACGCGCUGUUCUUACCACCCUGACCUCACGCAUGCCGCCCGGGGGUAUGGGGAACAAGUACACAGAGGUUCCUGGCGACACGUGGGGCGAGCGUGCCGAGCCCGACGCGCUCGCCACGACGACGACGAUCGCCUUCCAAGUGCAUCCUAGCACGCUCGCAGUGAGUCCCGUCGACCCCCUGGCGUCCGAGCUGCCCGUCCGCUUAACUCUUUCCGCCCCCCGGCGGUCAAUUGAGUCGAUCCAGUCAAGCCCGCCUAUAAUGCUGUGCUGCACUGCGCACGGUACACCCGACGCGGACCUGCGCCCCACUGCAGUCAAUAUAUCUGCAUACUGGUGGACGGGUGGACGCCUGGUCGAUGCUCGUGCCUGGCCAGAACGACCAUCGUCGCUCUGUUGCUCGGGCGGGGUCGGGACACGGCGAACGAACGAGAUCGAACUCGCACGAUGUGCCGACGACGCAGAUGCGCACGCGGAGGCGAAGACAUGGUAUCCCAAUACUACUGCUGGUAUGACGGUAUCUGGCUAUUCACUCACCUGGCACCUUGCGGCACAGCAGGACCUCCAGAGCCCGACAGCAGUCAGCCUGUUCCCCGCCCUCGAGCGCGAUCCCGAGUACUGCCGCGGUAAGAAGCAGAACAAAGCCUGCGGCAACGACCUGGGGUUGAUCGUGCCUGCGCAGCUGCGUGCCUGCUGUAUAUUUCUGGCCAUAAGUGCGGUAAUCAAGCUCGAUAAGAAAAAAGCUUGGGCAGAUAACCACGACGCCGGGCGCUGA